AUGGAUAAGCAGAAGGAAACCGUGAUCGAAGAAUUUGACCGUGAGAGCUCUACGCAUCACCAGAUCAAGACGUGGGCUUUCCUGCAAAGCGUCUCCAAGAGACUUGAUGGGUUUGGUGUGGAACAACGAGGCAUAGAGAGAAUCCAACCUUACGAGCGUUCUACGAACAAGCUUCGUCUGUUUGUCUCAGUGAUUGGUUUCUGGAUCUCUGCUGCUGGUGGGUUGUCUACAAUGUCCACGUUUGUGCUCAGUGCAACGGUAUUCGAAUUGGAGUUCAAGCAGGCUUGUCUCUGUGGGUUGAUCGCAAUGCUCUUGGGUUGUGCGAUUGCAGGUUACUGUGCCACUAUGGGUCCAAAGAGUGGUUGUAGACAGAUGGUCACUGCUCGUUAUCUGUUUGGAUGGUGGUUUGUCAAGUUCGUGGCCAUGAUUGGGUUUGUCGGUGUUGUUGGUUGGAGUAUCGUCAACUGUGUUCUUGGGGGUCAGAUCUUGGCUGCUGUUAGUGAUGACAAAGUUCCUGUCUGGAUCGGCAUCAUCAUCGUAGCCAUACUCAGUUUCCUGGUGUCUGUCUUUGGUAUCAAGCAGUUGCUCAGAGUGGAGAAGUUCAUCGCCAUCCCGGUGCUGACUUCUUUUAUGCUCAUGUACAUUUGCUCCUCAAACAGUUAUUCAUACCUAUCUAAAUUCGACAACAGUGAAGUUGACAGAAUGACCAUAAAGGGGAACUGGCUUUCCUUCUUUGCACUGGCUUACUCUGUCACUGCAACUUGGGGUACCAUCACUUCGGAUUAUUACAUCUUGUUCCCAGAGUCUACAAAGUCGUACGAAGUGUUCUGCCUUACAUUCUUUGGCAUCGGCAUUCCUUCGACUUUUGUUGGAGUGCUAGGUCUCAUCCUAUCUACAUUGGCAAUGGCCGAACCAGACUAUGCCAAUGCUUACGAUAAGCAUGGAAUGGGUGGUCUCUUGCUCCAGGGAUUUGCCCGUUGGAACGGCUUCGGCAAGUUCUGUACGAUUGUUCUCUUACUCUCAUUGAUUGCAAACAACAUUGUCAAUACAUACUCCGCUGCCUUUGCCUGUCAGCUCUCUGGAGUGUGGUUUGCUAAGAUUCCAAGAUGGUUGUGGGCCAUCGUCAUCACAGCGGUGUACCUCGUCUGUGCUCUUGUUGGCCGUGAUCAUUUCAGUACAAUCCUGGGCAACUUCUUGCCAAUGAUUGGUUAUUGGAUCUCUAUGUACUUCAUCAUGUUGUUGGAGGAGAAUGUCAUCUUCAGAAAGUACUUUCUGUCUCUAUUCACCAAGGAGUUCCCUCACGAGGACUCCACGGACUCAUCAGAGAAGGACAACAACGUCCCGCUAGGACUAAGAGGCAAGAGACAAAACUACAACUGGAGCGCAUGGAACGAUUACGGUACUCUUACCCACGGGUUCGCAGCCAUAGUUGGGUUCCUAUGUGGAGUUGCCGGUGCCGUCGUCGGUAUGGCCCAGGUCUACUACAUCGGUCCUGUUGCGGCCCAUUUCGGUGAAUGGGGUGGUGACUUGGGCAUGUGGUUGAGUAUGGCGUUCAGCGGUAUCGUUUACCCCCCAUUGAGGUACUGGGAGUUGAAGAAGUUUGGUCGUUAG